GGCGAAGACUAAUAGUAGACAAAUGCCAUUGCAAUGGGAUGGUGGCCGCGGUUGAAUCUGCCACUACAGCGCUCUCGUGAGCACUAAGCGACCUGUCCCAGAAUUCUAGAGAAACGUUUUUAGAGGCCUCGGGGUUGCUGCUUACCUACGCGUGUAAUAUCACCAGAUGAGAAGGACGGACGGGUCUGCCAAACAGGAGAUCAAACAUUUUCUACUAGAUUGUUGGCUGUCAGAGAAGCUGUUGAAUGCCUGUUUGAAAUGGGGUUUGUAGAGGGGAAAAACUCAUCUUACUUUUCCUAAGAAGGCAUCAAUUGAGCAGCUAUGCAGAAUUUGAAAUCUAAUUGCUGGGGAAAAGAAUAGCUGAAUAAAUGGAUCAGAUCAAAUGAGAUCCUCUGGAAAAAUAACAAAUACACAGCCUACUACUGACACCAAAUUAGACAAAAAUACUCAGUCUGCUGUCAUGACAACCGAAUCAAUUUUCUUGAAGACACUUCAGUCAAAUUUUCUACAUGUAAUGGCAUAUGAAAACCCAAUUUUACAAAAGAAAGCUUUGGCUUGUAUUCCACUCCAAAAUCUGAAAAAGCAAGCUCAGAAAAAGUUAUCACAAGCCCAAAAACUGGACAGAGAUUGCAUUCUGAGAGAAGAGGAUAUUCUUCUGGUGGAGUUAAUCAACUGGUUUAAAUGUAGUUUUUUCAAGUGGGUAGAUAGCUUACCAUGUAGCAAAUGUGGGGGACAAACAGAAAUUAAAGAUAAUUUGUCACCUAACGAGAAUGACCUGAGAUGGGAUGCAAGUAGAGUUGAAAAUCACUUCUGUAACCAAUGCCAGUUCAGCAACAGGUUUCCAAGAUACAACAAUCCUGAGAAGCUCCUGGAAACUAGACAAGGGCGUUGUGGUGAAUGGGCCAAUUGCUUUACACUUUGUUGUAGAGCAGUAGGAUUUGAAGCAAGAUACCUUUGGGAUGCAACAGAUCAUGUAUGGACUGAAGUUUAUUCUGUAUCACAGCAAAGAUGGCUUCAUUGCGACUCUUGUGAAAAUGUCUGUGAUAAACCCCUUUUGUAUGAGAUUGGAUGGGGGAAAAAAUUGUCGUAUAUUAUUGCCUUUUCUAAAGAGGAAGUUGUUGAUGUCACCUGGCGUUACUCUUGUAAACAUGAAGAAUUGCUUUCUAGAAGGACACAGGUCAAAGAAACUGUGCUACGAGAAACAAUCAAUAAUCUUAACAAAAUUAGGCAGCAAAUAUUGAGUGAGGGAAGAAAACACGAGCUCUUACAGAGACUCAUUGUAGAGCUUGUUGAGUUUAUUUCUCCAAAAACACCAAAGCCAGGAGAACUUGGUGGAAGAGUGUCUGGAUCAUUGGCUUGGAGAGUUGCCAGAGAUGAAAUUGCUUUAGAGACUAAAGAAGUAGUAUUUAUUCCAACUGUAAAAGAGAAAGCCUCCAAGCUUUUUCACCUCAACUAUAAUAUAGUGGAAGAUUGUUACACGCGGAUAUCAAAUAAUAAUGAAAAAAUCAAUGGUUGGGAGAAUGGUGUUUGGAAAAUGGACUCUUUAUGGAGAAAAAUUGAAUCAGAUUGGAAAAUGGUUUAUUUAGUUCGAAAGGAAGGCUUCUCAUCUGGCUACAUCUGUUGGAAGUUUGAAUGUGGCUCUGUUGGUCUAAAAAUAGACAACAUUUCAGUUAGAACAACCAACCAAACGUUUGAGAGUGGACGAGUAAAGUGGACGCUGCACUCUGGAAGCAUUACAGUUGAUGUUAAUGGAGAUAAAAGGCUUCGCUUUUAUCCUGAUAUCUCCAACACAACAAAUGUUAUGUUAGAAGCUGUACUAAGUGGCGGAGAUGGCAAUAUUGCAUGGCAACAUGCACAGCUAUUUAGACAAAGUUUAAAAGAGACUGAAGAUUGUUUCGAGAUAAUUAUAACAUUGAGUGAACUCUAAAUAUUAAAUUAAUCUUCUGAUGAAACAACAACUUCCAGGCAAAAUAUUUUUAGAAGUAAAUGAAUAGUAUAAAAAAAACUCUCAAGAUUCGUAUUUUCAGUAUCACUGUUGAAAACAAUCAGACUUCGUUAAUAUGAAAUGCAGUGAAAUUCUGUAUUACUUUGUUUUCUUGAAAAUAAUGAAAAAAAUAUAUCAAGGGGAAAAAGGAUAUGAUUUUUUUUAAUUAAUUGAGAAAGCAAUUCUCUGAAUACCUAUACAGAGGGAAACAAUUCAGAAAGAUGCUAAAUAAUCAUGCAUUGCAUCUCCUGCAUAUUCUUUCAAAUUUUAAAAUACAAGUUAAAUUUUUUAAUCUAUAAAAGAAGUUUUUUUAAAAAUUGAAUGAAGAUUUUAGUGUCUUAAAUCUUGGUUCUGGAAUGUCAGUUUUUAAAAAACACUUGUGUCAUAUUUUAACAUUUUUGUUUACCUGUAAUUUUAUAGUAGACAAUUAAUUGCAUUCACAAUAUUAAACUAAACUAAUAGAAGUAUAGUACAACUGCUUCUUGUAAUUUUUAAUUUACUUAAACUUUAGCUUUUAAAAAUGAAAUUUUGAUAAAAAAUAAUGUUGAUAAUUCCUAAUUAUUCCAAAUUUGGUAUAGAUUCUGAUAUAGAAAAAUAUUAAAUACAUUAAUUAUGUUCCUAAAAUUUGGAUAAUUCCAAUAUAAUGAUAUAUGUUACUUAAAAGUGUAGAGCUUUGAUAAACUAUCUAAUUUGGAUAAGCAUGUUAAAAUGUAUAAAUUUGGAUUGACUCACAUUUUUAUAUAAAGUUGCUAUUCUUUUUCAUUUUGUUAGUUACUCAAGAGCAUCUUAUAUUAGUUUACACUAGAGAAUCUGUUCCAACCACCAAAUAUUUGUUUGUUUAAUUCUUUUCUUUUAAUAAUUCUGGAUAUAUAAAUGUACUGAGAUAAAUAUACAACUGUAUAACUACAAACAAACCAAACCUAAGAUUUCCAUCUAUUGUUUCUUCUCCUGCCCUCUGAUGCUUUGGAAAAUAAGUUGACCCCCUCUUUGUGGCAACCCCUCAAAUACUGGAAUGCUGCUAUCAUGUCACCCGCUAGUCCUUCUUUUCUGUAGACCAUGGUCUUCAAACUACGGCCUGUGGGCCGCAUGCAGCCCACCGAAGCCAUUAAUCUGGCCCGCAUAGGACCAUGAGGCUGCCCCGCCCACAUCGCCCCGCCUACCCUUCAGCUGAGUGCAGGACUUGCCUUCACGAGCCCUGCAGGCUGGAACUGAAAAGUAAGGCCAACAAUUUUUGGCCUGCAAAAGGUGGGUCCUGCUGGAGGUGGAAGAGGUGAAAAAUGGGGCGGACAGACACCCUAGAAGGCAAAAAACGAGCAAAAACGGCUUGUUUUUCACCUCCCCUGCCUCCAGAAGAGAGAGAGAGAGGGAGGGAGGGAGAGACAGAGAGAGAGAAACAGAAAGAGAGAGAGAAACAAGAGACACACACAUAGUGAGAGACACUUGAUUGCAAGCUCGUUGGAGCUGAGAAGAAUUGCUGCAAAACAAUUCAAAAGUUUUCUGAAGAGGACCACUAGACUCCUAAACAACUGAAAAAAUGAUCUAGUAAAAAGAAAAGUCAACCAAAAGAACAACAUGCAAACAAAAGCAAAUAAAACACUCCAAGAGCAAAACAAAGUUUAAUUUGUGUGCAUUAAUGGACUGUUAAAUUGCCCACAUCCACCUAGUCACAUGAUCUAGCAAUGCCCACCCAGUCGGUCCGGGCCCCAACAAUCUGCAGGACUGUGAAUUGGCCCUGUUUAAAGUUUGAGGGCCUCUGCUCUAGACAAGCUAUACCCAAUUCCUGUAACUGUUAUUCAUGUUUUUGUCUCCAGACUCUUAAUCAUCUUAGUUGCUCUUUGCAUUUUUUUCCAGUCUCAACAUCUUUUUUGUAAUGUGGUGACCAAAACUGGAUACAGUAUUUGAGGUGUGGCCUUACUAAGGCUUUAUAAAGUGGCAUUAAUACUUCACAUGAUUUUGAUUCUGCGCCUCUGUUGAUACAACGAAGGAUUGUAUGAGUUGACGCAUACCUGCUGGUUCAUGUUUUAAAUGAUCGACUAAGUGUAAAAUCUUGCUUUUCUUCACAUUAAAUUUCAUUUUUUUGGAUAGGG